GCGGCGGAGCAUGCUCAGCGCAAGGGCGAUACCUCGAUCCACGGAAGUCAAACACUUGGUGAUAAUUGGAUGCUGCCAUGGAUAGCGAGGUGUCGGUGACACCGAUGGACGUGGAACCCAAUGACAACGAGAGAGGUCGCGGGCGUGGAGGUUCUCUAGGUGUCUCGAACAAGAGCACACUUCCGACACUUCCACCUACAGACGAAGAGUCCCGGGAAGGCGACUGGGAUUCGGACGCAAGCGAUGAUGACAGCGAUGCCAUCUUCGACGACCCACACGACGUCGACGGCUACGCCGACUACGCCGACGGCGACUACGACAGGUUAGCUACAUUAUGAUUUGCGGUCGCCGGCUUCCCAUGCGGCUAGUUUGGGAGCGACUUGGCCGGGCGGUG